AUGUUUUUCGUUAUUCUUCUAAGUCUAAUUUGUGGGCACUGUUCGUUGCCUCUAAACGACGAUAAUUCGAUGUUUGCAAAUGUUAUAAGCAAUUCGAUCGACGAGGAAGAUACUAUUGAUUUGUCCCGUCUCGGCCCGGAAGCUUUUGGCUCCCCAAAAAAUGAUAGUGGCGAUGCCGUAGCGACAUGGUCAGAGUCAUCGCUGGUCAACCCGGAGGAGCUGGGGUCUUACGCGGAGGGUGACAUCCUAAUCCCGCUGAGGGGCAAGAACGGCAUACGGGUGGAGUCCCUGCAGUGGCCGAACGGGCACAUCCCGUACAAAAUUGGAGGACGGUUCAGUUCAGCCCAGCGGGAGAUCAUAAUGAAGGCGAUCGCGGACUACCACAGGCUAACGUGUCUGCGGUUCGUGCCGUACAAUGGCCAGCAGGACUACAUCGUCAUCACCGGAGAGAACACCGGCUGCUGGUCCAGCGUGGGACGGAUUGGUGGUCGUCAAGAAGUGAACCUGCAGAUUCCGGGCUGCGUGAGCAAGAAGGGCACGGUGCUGCACGAGCUGCUGCACGCUGUCGGCUUCUUCCACGAGCAGAGCCGACCAGAGAGAGACGACUUCGUUACCAUCAACUACAAUAACAUCAAAUUCGGCGCUGAAAACAACUUCAAGAAGGCGGACCCGAAAGAGGUCGACGGUUACAAGGUGUCGUACGACUACAACAGCGUCAUGCACUACUCAGAGUACGCCUUCUCCAAGAACUCUCAAAAAACUAUUGAACCAAGGGUAAGCGGAGCCAAACUAGGACAAAGGGACGGACUCAGUAGAGGCGAUGUGAGGAAAGUCAAUAAUAUGUACAACUGUAACAAGGAAGAACCGGAAUCAGGUUGGUUGAACUCCGUCUGGCAGAGUUUGUUCGGCGACUAAGGACGUUGAGCCAAGCACGAC